CUCCUCCAGUCAAAACGGAGCCAUAUGAGGUGAAUCUGGCUUGCUCCGCGGUCACAUUGUGGUGGUCAGCUAACGGAGGCGUAUUAUCUUACGAUGAUAUCAGCUAGCUUGCUAGUUAGCUAACUUAGUUUGUCACCGCAACCAUAAUUUGAUUUAGUUAGCUUUCUGGCUGUCUCGUCGGGCCGAUGUUGCUGGCGGAAGAGGGUUUACAUGUAUCGUCAUCCAUCAUGUUGAAGUCGUUCCGUUAUUUUUAGCUAACGUUAGCUCUGCAGGAUAGCGCAGCUAAUAGUGGCAAGCGAAGCGUGACUAAUCGGUCUGUCUGAAAAACAAUACCAAUGGAGCAGUGGCAGGACGCGGCCUCUCAGCAGUUCAAGCUGCUUACAACUCGUUUGAAUGGACUGUUGUCCAAUGGUUUGGGGCUGCUGCGCUCCGAGCUCGGCGUGGAUUUGGGUCUGAAGCCUGAGCUUAUUCCACCAUGGGUGAUCCUCUUAGCGGCGUGUACCGGGCUGGUGCUGAUGGUCGCUCUGUGGGCCUCAGCCUGUCGGUCUCUCUUCAAGAAACGACCCACUGAAAGCGCCUUGGACGACGGCAUUGAAGUAAAGCGGGGUGUCGGUAAACCGGAAGAACCGAAGAAAAAGAAGAAGAAGUCGGAAAAGAAAGCCCAGCCAAAUGGGAGAGCUGUUGCUGAACCACAGGAAGAAGCCAUUGCGUCGGAAGAGAUAGUGCCACAUCACCAGACGCCAACACCAGAAGUCAAGGCUGAAAAGGUUGCAGAGUUAAAGAAGUCCAAGAAGAAGGCCAAACAGGCUGUUAAGGAGACAAAGACCAGGACUGCAGAUGGCAAAGAACCAGAAGAAGGCACAUGGGAGACCAAGGUCAGCAACAAGGAGAAGCGCGAGCAACGCAAGAAGGAUAAGGGUUCCAGUGAUGGCUCCGCCAGUCCUGGAGGAGGGGACACGCAAGCAAGCGUUCCCCCAGAGCAGCCCAAGGCCUCCGCAGCCCCUGCACCUGCCAGCCAGAAGAAGAAAAAAGGAGACUCUGGGAAAGUGAAGUCAGAGAAGAUUGAGUCUGCAGUAUCUCAAGUUAACAGCAGUGAGGUGGUAGCAGUGGCUGCUACUUUGACAGAUGUGACUGUAAAGGCUCCUGCUCCAAAGACGGACCCCUGGACAACCAGUAGAGAGCCAGCGUCACCGUGGAGAGUGGAGAUCGAUGAGUCGUGGACUGUGAUUGACAGGGGCAUGGCCACAACGGAGCAAAAUCUGGUGUCUUUACCUGGACUGGGUGUUAGCACUGCUGAGCCCGUGCCUGUGAGCAACCUGCCCUGGCUAAGUCAGCCCAGAGUGGAAGACGAGUGGUCUGGACACAAUGGUGGUUCAGUGGACCCUAGCUCUGACUGGAACGCCCCCUCUGAAGCCUGGGGCAACUAUGAAGAGCCCACUCCUGAGACCCCUCCUGCUCUGGAGAAACCCUUCCCUCAGCCCGCCACGGUGGAUCUGUUGAUUGGAGCGGCUGACGAUGAUGAAGAUGAGAAGGACAAGGGAGAGACGGCCGGUGAUGGAGCGGCUAAAACUAAAAAGAAGAAAAAGAAGAAGAAAAAGGCUGCUGAGGAGGGAGGAGCGGCUGGCCAGGGCGAGGAGCCAGAGAAGGAGGUGGCACCCAGAGCCUCCGUGAAGAAGCAGCCACCCGUUCAGGAAAACGCUGCUGCCGUCCAGCCUGUCAAAGCAGCUGCGGUCGAGGCGCGAGCAGAGCAACCGGUGAAGGACAACAUAUCCCAGAAACCCCCUGUCACACAAGUGCCACAGAAGCCAACUGAUGGAGAGCCCACUGCCAAGAACAACCUUUCUGCUUCAACACAACAAAAAAAGCCUGAGGAGAGCCAAGGGCCCAAACCAGCAAAGAAGAAGAAGGCGAGGAGAGAGACAUGAGACCGAGUCCCCUCUGCAGACCUCUGUAUGCAAAAGACUUCAUAUCCUGUUUAUGCAACACCUUUUGUGACAAGAACUUUGAACUAAGGUCUUCAUGAUGGACUUAAACCUUCCAAAUCAGUCUGGAAAAUGAAACUGCUUUUACACACGUUUGUCAGCCGAUCGUGUUGAAAACUGAAUCUGAUGUAACGCGGUGUUAAUGAUUUUUAAGUAUGAAUUUGAUACUCUUGAUUCUGUCUUCUAAUUCCACUAAAUCAAGUAACGGAAAGAGUUGUAUUGUACUAAUUAGAUGUAGAAAAUACUGAUCUUGUUUAGAAGUCUCGAUGUUGUGUUGGUGGCUAACGCCUGGAGUUUCCUGCAUAGUGAAUGAAAUACGGUCAACAUGCUUGAGGUCACUCAACACUGGGCCGUGUCAUCGAGUUGGCCUUUUUUUGCUUUUGCAGCCUUUUUUUUAAAAACAUUUUUGCUCUUACGCUUCGUGAGCCGCGGUGGCUGCUGGUCGAAAAAAAAGAGCCGAGCGAUCAAAAUGUCUGCGUCCCGUGAACGGCUCCAAGCGGCGUCGGCGUUUGUGACGUGUACGAGGCGGAAAAAGGGAAUCAUGUCUGCUCUGUAAUUCUGCAUUCUUAUCUGUGACUGCACCAUUUUGAGUCCUCUGGUUUGUCCCUUGUCCGAUGUUGUACCGCAGUGUUUCGAGACGUUCCCUUGCUGUUUUUACGAUCUGUGGCCAGAGCCGUGUGGGAGCCUCCGAUCGUAGCCGUACUUUUGCAGUGUCAUCAGCCUCUUCAUGAUUUUUCCACCUGCGGUUGAUUCAAAAGUCUUCAGAACCUUUUGUAAAAACCAGUUUGUAAGAAAAGAAAAGCUAAAGCCAUAUGUAAAAAGACUAAAUAAAGGCCAGUUUUUCUAUAUUUGGGAUACUCUAUAUUGCAGGUUUUUUUGGCGGGGGGAGGGGGGGGGCAGCAACCCACUGCUGUGUAAUGUUAAAUGAAACGGGAUGACUGAAUAAGACGUUAUUAACUCCGCUAUCAGAACACACAGCGUUUCAUUAGCUGUCAGGUUGAAGCCUUGGGCCUCGAGGCUAACCUUUACAAAAUACAUACUCUGCCUAGUUAACUAUUUAGAUCAUUCAAAGAUAAUGUAUUGUCAUUCCACAACACUCUUCUGUCCUUAACAGAAAAAGACCCCGGGCAUUUUAGAAAUUUGAGUUAAGUAAUUCACUGUCAGUGGAAAAUGUGAUGAUUUGUCAACAAGGUGAAAUGAGUGUUUACCAUUUGUUCCAGCGGGGAAAUAGUCUUAAAGUCCAAUUUGAUGAUAGUAAAUGUCUGUAAUUGUGCAAAAAUAUUAAAUGAUUAAACAUCA